UUACUGAAGGAACUUUAUGUGGUGAGCACGGAGUGCGCCAAGACUGCCCAGCUGCCACGGGAGAGGUACCCAAGGCCGCUCAUCUUCCAUGACGGCCGCCUCGCCUUCCUCCCUACCUCAUCCGCCAUGCAUGCAUUCUUCCUCUUUCUGCCACUCGGCCUCGUCCUCUCCGUCAUCCGCAUCUCCAUCGGCAUCAUCUUGCCCUACAAGAUCAGCUUUGCAGCUAGCGCAUUCUUUGGAAUCCGUUUCCGCACCUCUGGGUGUCCCUCCACAGGGGCCGGCGCCAAGCCAAGGGGAGUCUUGUUCGUGUGUGCACACCGGACGUUGGUCCACGGAGUCAUGCUCGCUGGGGCACUACAGAAGCCUGUGUCCACUGUGACAUAUAGUCUAAGCCGUCUCUCAGAGAUUUUGGCGCCUAUGAAAACAGUGCGGUUGACCCGCGAUCGCGACCUAGAUGCCAAAGCCAUAUCUCAACUACUAGAGCAAGGGGACCGCGCGGUCUGCCCCGAGGGCACGACCUGUCGCGAGCCUUACCUGCUGCGCUUCAGCCCGCUUUUCGCUGAGCUGGCCGACGACAUGGUGCCCGUGGCACUGGACGCGCAAGUGACAUUAUUGUAUGGCACAACGACGAGCGGACGCAAGUGGCUCGACCCCAUAGCGUUCUUGGCCAACCCAGCCCCCUCAUACCGGGUGGAGUUCCUGGGCCCUGUACCACGGGAUCAGACGCGCGCCGGGGGAAGGACCGGUGUUGAGGUGGCAAACUGGGUCCAACAUCGGCUCGGUGAGGCGCUCGGUUUUGAAUGCACCGGGCUUCGCCGCCGCGACAAGUACAUGAUGCUCGCUGGCAACGACGGUGUGGUCUCCAAUUAG